CUGAAGCCUCGGCCCGCCAUGCAGAAGAACUACAAUGUGCACUUCACCAAGAAUGCCCGGACCCCCAAUGAACAAUACUUUUUGGACCCUGAGUUGGGGCACCAAAAAGGAUGCAGCCGUCAGUGGUACCAGGACCCUGUGGCCACUCACACCCAUGGGCCCUGUCAGCUGUCCCCUCAGGCUCACUGGCAGCAGACCUACCGCAGCCACCGAGGUGGCAGCGGCUGUCGCCGGUGUCCCCAGCCCCUUAUUCUGCAGCGACAGCGGCGGCAGCAGCAGCAGCGUCAACCCCCACCCCUCCCUCCCAGCCCGCUGCGGCAGCGGCUCUGUCCCGUUCUCGGGGCCCAGAAAGGGUCACCAGCAACCGCCGCUGCCCGCAUGGGACCAGCCAGCGCCCCCCAGCCUGUCACCUCCUCACCCACCGCAGUAUCGGCCAUGGCCAGCAGCGGCCCAGCCCUGCCCUCUGCAGCCGGCGCCCUCCUGGAGCCCAGCGAGCCCACCGAGGCGCGGCCCCUGCCUGCGCCCGCAGCCUGCGGUUCCUUCACCUCCUACGGCGCCGACAUCCUGACGGAGGAUGAUGUCUACUGCAGCUGUCUGGCUAAAACCCUGUGUCACGUGCCUGUCCCGGUGACGGUGGGCUUCUACGCUCCCUUCGGCUGCCGUCUUCACUUAAUGUUGGAUAAAAUCACGACGCUGAUGCAGCAGGAGGCCGCGCAGCGCGAGAGCGAGGAGCUGCAGCGCGUGCAGUGGCAGCCGCGGCGUGUGCGCGGCUGGGGCGUCCCGCAGCUGCUGUGGUUCCUGGUGUUUCUGCAGCCGGUGAUCACGGAGCUGCACCUGCGGCGCAGGAACGUGCGCUUCCUGUUCAUCCGCUUCAGCGCCUGGCAGUACGCCGGCACCGACAAGCUGUGGGCGGGGCUGGUGACGACGCUGUGCGAGGGCAUCCGCCACCACUACGGCGCGCUGCCCUUCAGCGUGUACUCGGUGCUGGGCAACAAGCCCUGUGGCCCGCGCGAUGGCCUCUGCCAACGCGAGUGGCACUGCCGACGUCGCGUGUGCUUGGCGCUGCUGGCGCUGCUGGCCGCGCUGUGCCUGGGCGUGGGGCUGCUGUACCUGUCGCUGGGAGGCCACGCGCCGGGCCACGGAGAGCGCGGCGUGCUCAAAGCGCUGGGCGGCGCGGCCACCACGCUGUCCGGCUCGGGGCUGCUCAUGGCCGUGUACUCCGUGGGCAAGCAUCUGUUCGUGAGCCAGCGCAAGAAGAUCGAGCGCCUGGUGUCGCGUGAGAAGUUCGGCAGCCAGCUGGGCUUCAUGUGCGAGGUGAAGAAGGAGGUGGAGCUGCUCACCGAUUUCUUGUGCUUCCUGGAGAUCUACCAGCGACGCCGGCUGCGGGUGGUCCUCGAGGUCACCGGGCUGGACACGUGCUACCCGGAGCGUGUGGUGGGCGUGCUGAACGCCAUCAACACUCUGCUGUCCGACAGCCACGCGCCCUUCAUCUUCAUCCUAGUGGUGGACCCCAGCAUCCUGGCCGCGUGCCUAGAGAGCGCGGGAAACAUGAAGGGCACAGCUGACAACGGCUACCUGUUCCUCAACCGCACGGUCACGCUACCCUUCUCCGUGCCGGUCAUGGGCCGUCGCACCAAGUUGCAGUUCCUGCACGACGCGGUGCGUAGCCGGGACGAUCUGUUGUUCCGGGACUUGACGAUCAAGCUGCAGCCGCAGAGCCCUGGGGACUCGGGCUCGGGCGAGGGCGCUCAGCUGCUGGCGGUAGAGACCCAGGCAGACGCCGAGCGCACGCAGAGCCGCGUGGACGCGGAGGCGGCGCGACGCAUCCAGGAGGCGCUGUGCUGCCUGCACGACGAGGGCGACUGCUUGUACGAGUACGUGCCCGACAACGUGGUGUCCAUGCGGCGCAUCGUCAAUACGGUGCCCAUUACCGUGCGCCUGUUGCAGCAGCAGCAGCAGCAGCAGCCCGACCGCGUGGGACCCACACCGCGCCACGCGGUGGCCUGGGUCGUGCUCGCCAACCAGUGGCCUUGUCGACUCAGUUGGGUGCUGCAGUGCCUGGAGGACCGGCAGCAGGCAGGGGGCGCGCCAGAGGGGCGCGCGCGUCUCUGGGACGUCUUCUGCGACAACAGUCGCGAGCUGCACACCAUGACCAAGUCCUUGCAGAACGUACUGGACCUGGAUGGCGAUCCCGAGCUUUUCGAGCGCUUUCUGGGCACUGAUUUCCCCUUCACCGUGGCUGAGGCGCAGAGUUUGCUGCGCUGCACGGUCAACCUGGACCAUUCCAUCCGCCGCCGCAUGGGCCUCAUUCGGGCCGUCAGCGCGCUCAAGCCGCCCAGCCCGCCCAAGUCCCCAUCCCAGGACCGUCCCCAGACCAGUCCCAGAGCUACUAUCGCCGCAGGCACGUCCCAAGCCGGCCAAGGAUCAGGACACAGUAGAGAGGCACAUCAGACCCGGGACCGGACCCAUGGGGGCAAGCCGAGGCCGACGGCCUGAGUCCUUUAAUUUCAGGGGUUUAGAGGCUGCUUGGGUUUGGGAUGGAGAACACCAGCCACAGGGGACAGCAACGUCCCCCUGCCCUGAUGGCAAGAGUUGACUCAAGAGCAAUGGGGUAUGGGAUGGCCACACACCACACACGUGACCACUCUGGAAGCCAAAGGGCGUCAGGUACUCGCUUCCGGGAGCGGCAGCUGCUCCACAAGGGUCUGAGCGAGCGGAGGCGUCUCUGAAACAUGGAGUCCCAGAAGUAAUAAAGGAAGCUGUGGAAAGCCAAGGCUGUCUUUCAUGUCUUGGAUUUCUGGCUAGGUGAGGAUGCG